AUGAAUGAAGCCCUCCCAUCGCUACAUGCACCAAUGCGAGCGUCACCAUCGCGAUCCGCACUUCUUCUGAUUCUCUUUGCUCCACAAAUACUAACUAUAAGAUGUUAUCUACACCAUGAGAUCUGGGAAGACGGACACAAACUCGAGAUUUUGCCGGACAUUUGCUCGAGUAAUAGGUACUGUGUGUCUGCUAUCUAUCGCGAUCCGGAUCCAGUAAAGAAAAAUGGCUAUUCUCGCGGUUGCGAUCGUGUUGACUGUGAUGAAUCCGACGAAAAGAACUCGGUUUGGCGAGAUGCUCCAGACGGAAUGCGAUGUCGUUCUCAUCGGGAUUACGGAAGACAGGGUCAAAUUUGUUGCUGUAAAACUGAUUUGUGCAAUUCAGGCAAUUUCGCAUCGUUAACGCUUCUAUUAUUUUCUUUGCUCUUCGUUUGA